AUGGACGUCCAUGUCGAGCUGCACGACUCCAACCCGGUCGACGGCGAAGAAGACCCCGUCCGGGUGGUCUACUCUGUCUUCGCCGUCUGCUACGGUGCGCUCCUGAUCGCGUGGCUGCACCGCACGCUCGUCCGCUGCUGCCUCACGGCGCGCCCCGUGCACGACGUCAUGUCCGGCCUGCUCGUGGUGCUCAUGCUACACUGCCUCACGGCGGCCGAGGACGGGCGAUACACCCGCGUCGUCGUCACGGCGCAGGGCUGGAACGUCCCGUGCUUCGCGCUGCGUCUUGUCAAGGGCGCCAUGCUCUUCCCCGCGGUCGCGCUGAUCGGCGCCGGCUGGUCGCUCCCGGAGCCCUUCGUGCCAGACCGCGCAUUGAACGUGUUGACGGCGGUGGCUCCACUCCAGGUCGCCAUGGCGAUCGCCACCACCUUGGCCGGCGACGCCCCCGCGUUCGUCGCCGGAGGGGUCGCUUGGACGUGGAGCCACGCCUUCGUCCUAGCCCAGCUCGCUUGCUGCGUCGCCGUGCUGAUGCCGAUGGGCAGGGCGAUCGAGGCGCUACGGAAGGAGGCCGACACGGACGACAAGGCGGCGCGGAGGCUCGGCAAGCUCGCGCUGUUCCGGCAGCUCUACCUUGCCGUGGUGGUGUACCUGUACUACACGAGGAUGGCCGUGAUCAUCCUCAAGUUACUCGUGGGCACCAGUUCCGGCCACCGCUGGGCGAGCGUCGCGGUGGAGGAGGCGGCCGCCAUUGCGUUCUACACGUUCAUGUUCUGCAAGUUCAGCCCGGCUGAGGACAUUCCAAUCGAAGAGGAUGCUGAAGAAUUGAUUCCUGGAGGAGUUUGA